AUGUCAACCUUACAAAAAUACAAAAUGGCCGAAACUCGUUGGACUGCGACAGACGUCCCGUGAAAUAUGCCUUUUGUGGUACGGUAAUAACUGUAAAUAAACAUUAAAGUGCAAGUGUUGUGUUUCCCUCAGUGUCCCGGGCUUGUGCAUGUCGUGUGUACCUAUGUGUUAACAUUGUGAUAAGGUAAAAAUAGAGAAGUUUUUGUGCAGUGUUUUGUGUCUUGUUUUCACGGAGAUCAUCACUUUGCCGUCUGUUUUGGAUUUAUGUUUGCUUGGCCACGGUGAUGCUGGGCGGGGCGGGCGGGGCGGUGUCGCCUGCGGGCGAGGACCUGCUCACCGUCACCGUCGUCAGGGACGAACACGGAUAUGGGAUGAAGGUUUCAGGUGACAACCCGGUGUAUGUCCAAUCGGUAAAAGAGCAUGGCGCCGCGUGGCGCGCCGGCCUGCGAUCCGGUGACAGGAUCCUGAGGGUGGAUUCCAUACCAGUGCACCAACACACGCAUCAGCAAGUCGUGCAUAUGAUACGAGCCAACCCCAGCACCGUGCUAACAGUACAACAGAACAGUUCGCGACACAAAACGCCCAUCACAGGACCUGUCCCAGUAAAUUCAGAGAAGCAGCGUCAAUUGGAGGUUUCAAAGGCGCACACUGUCCGAUUGAUGCUGGAACAGGAACAGAAGUACAUCAGGGAUCUUAGAAAUGAACUACUAAAAGUACCAGAUGUCAGGAAGCAAGCGCAGCUAGAAUCAGCAGAGCAACGGUGUUCCACCCUACAACAUGAGAUUGACACCAUCAUCGCUUCACAGCCGGAAGCAGUGCAACCACCUUCAACGCCAAAACUCGCGCGAGCAAAGGACGGCCUUCAAAACACGGGGUUCCUAAGCGGUUUACCACGCUCCCUUAGCAACCUAACCGGACAGAGCCUAAGAAACCUCCGUCAAGCGAGACAGAAGCAAGAAACCACCCCAUUAGUCCGACAGAAUUCAGACGAAACCAAUAACAAACGACGCCACGUACACAACAAUACAGUGCCAAUGGUCCCCACAACUUGUCUGGAUAACAGCCCACCUCCAUUACCACCGAGAUCGAUAGAACGACCACCGAAGAGAAUACCUCUGAGUCCGAACAGUCCACCAAUAAACCCACUAGCUAUCCAGAAACCUUGUACAUCAUCACCACAUAAGCAAUACUACAAGAAGCCAUACCCAAUGCACCAAUCAAUGCCACCAUAUAGAGAGGAGAAAUUCAGGAGGUCAUCACAUUCCUUGGAUGGAGAGUUGGAAGGGCCUCAACCGAAUUCAAUCGCAUUGCAAAUGAACUAUCCCUUGGUUAACGUACCUCCGCCUCCAUUGCAGACAGACAAUCGAAGCGGAGUACCAGUGCUUCAUGUCCGGAGUCAGUCAUCCCCUGAACAUUUGGACCAUGAGUUACCAAGGAGGCUUGUGUUUGCAGAUCAGAGUUGUUUGACGCACGCGGGAGAGAAGGAGGCGUGGUCCCGCGGAACCCCGCCCCCCGGCACGCCCCCGCCGCCCUACCCGCACCCCGCACAUCCCGCCAUGAGGGCACAGCCGUGCGCGGACCCUCAGAGAGCCAUAAUAUCAAUGGAAGAAGAUGACUCGCCCGCGUCGGACAACUCCACAUACUCGGGUUUAUUCUCGAAUCUUCGUUCAGUUCGAGAGUCUAAAGCGAGAACGGCUGUGCUCAUCAACUGGUUGUUGGGAGAACGAAGAUGCGCGUGCGCAAGUCUGCUGCUAGUACUAACGGAUUCGUAUCGGUCCGCCGCGGGCGUCACCACACACACUCUAAGGCGCUGGGCAUACGAGAUACAAUCCACCUUCCUUAUGCCCAAUGCGGUAUUACAAUUGAAUGGCGUGGAUGAAAACAUGGCGAAUGAAAUCGAGCAUGUUUUAGUUAAUGAAUACGAUAAAGAAGAACUAUUACGGAACGUGUUUCGGAAAGCUCGACGGCAGGCCAAAGACGAGCUGGCGAGGCAACUCAGUGAGUUCCAGGUUAAGAGACAAGUGGGACUUGGCACGUUAUAUGGACCCGAGGAUGCUGUGCUGGAGAGAUGCGAUGUGGACAAAGCACAGGAACUGGUGGUGGUGGAGCGUCUGAUGUGCCAGCGCCUCAGCGCCGUGGCCAGCUCGGGAUGCGGGGGAUGCGGAGGCGCCUCGUCGCCUGAGGCUCAUAAUGCUUUGGUUGCUGCGUUGGUUGCCGCCGCGCUGUGCUUGCAUUGCCGACCGUCUUCGGUAGCGGCGGCGGCGGGGGGCGCCCGCGCGUCCUUUUUACAACGCGACAAGCCGUACAAGCAACGCCUCAAGCAGAUCGCCAAGCAAAACCCCCAACCCUUCGUGGUUCGCGGCCACCACCUGCAGCUGCAAGCGCUGACGUCAGUGAACCACUGCCACCACUGCGACCUCGUUAUAGAAGGCUUAGCGCCGCAGGCAUAUGUUUGCGCAGACUGUAAACUACGGGUCCACCGGCACUGCGCCCGCGCAGUGGACGAGGGCUGCUGCUUGGACGGUGAGCACCACAACAACAGGAUAUCCAGGUUCAUGGAGAGGAUACACCCUAACCAGCCCAUCGGAUUGGACUCAAGUGACAAGAAAUCGAGGAAGUCAUCGGGCACCGCAAAUUUUCUAAACAUGGAACGGAGUUUUCGUAAAAUGGAAGAUGAAUCGCCGUGGGACCAUACGUUGACGCCUGCCGCAUUCCAAGGAGAUUCAAGGAGAGAAGGGUCUACCGACGAGCCCUCUGCCCCGGACGUGGACGUCGACACUAGCGACGCCACCGCCAAGGAGCCAGAGAAGGAAACUAACUGGAAGGGCGCGAGCGCGGGCGCGCGCGGCGUGAACCGCGCCGAGAGCUGCCGCGAGCGCGACGCGCCUCGCCGCGGCAAGCACCGCAACGCUUCCGACCCCAACCGCCUCACCGCGCACCACAACCAUGACCUGGAGCCGGGCGCGGUGACUGCCCCGUCGGGCAGCUCGAGCAGUUCGAGCUUGUCUUCUAGAAGUAACGAGAGCAACACCGUCGCCGCGGACCAGCAAGCCUCGCAGUCCGACUGGUCGGAAGAGGAGGAACCUCUGGCCGCGCAGUGGUCGGACAGCUUGCCGACGCUUGUGCGCGAGUCCAUCGUCCUAUCGGCUAGGAUCCGGAAACGACAAGAAGUCAUACACGAGCUAAUCGUCUCCGAAGGCUCCCACGUCCGUUGGCUCAAGGUUCUCGGAGUGGACUUCCUCAAGCCUCUGGAGAGGCAGCCCUCCCUCUUGCCGGCUGAAGAGCUUCGCGCCCUCUUCCCUAACCUCCCAGGAGUGAGGGAGAGGCACGCGAGGCUAUACGCGGAGUUGAGGAGUGUGAGGAGUGAAGCACCCAACCACGUGGUGCAAAUACGACCAGUUGCUGACGCCAUGUUGAAUACCCUCGGCGACUCCGGUUACGCUACUUGCCUAUCCAAGUUCUGUCGAGGACAGCGCAUGGCAUUGGACUCCCUCCGAGAGAGAAGAAGGAAGAACAAGGAACUACACCAGUUCCUAGCGGGAAGGGAACAAUUGCCCAGAUGUGGGCGAUUGCAGUUACGAGAUUUACUCGCUUGCGUGUGGCAAAGGCUAACAAAGUACCAGCUCUUAUUAGAGAGUAUACUCAAGACAGUCGCAGAAGACGUGUGUGAGAAUGAAGAAGUCGACAGUGUAGACGACAUCGCUCAGCUGAAAAAGGCUUUGAAUGUGGCUAAGGAUGUGCUGCAUAGUGUUGACACGGCCAUACGGACUGCAGAAAAUGAGCAUCGGUUGCGCUCAAUCCAGAACAAGCUGGAAGUCCGCAUCCCAGGCGGAGUAGGGGGGAGUGGAGGGGAGUUCGACGAGUUACGGAGGCUGGAUCUGACGUCGCAUUCGCUGCGGCACGAGGGUGAACUGUCCCUGAGGACUGAUACUAAGAAGAUAAGCGUGCUGGCCCUGAUGCUGGAAGACAGCCUGGUGCUGUUACAACGGGAGGGGGACAAGUUCGUGCUGCGACCGCUCGCGCAACCUUCGCACGCGGCGCUGCUGUCACCGCUCAUCAAGUGGGACAAGGUUCUAUUCCGGCCUAACGCGGCGGUACGCAACACGUUUUUCCUGAUGAACAUCAACGGUAUUCAGAUGCAUGAACUCUCUGCUAACACCACUAAUGAAUACCUCACAUGGGUAAAGCACAUACAAGAGUCGCCACUGGCGCGCCUCGCGGAAACCAAGCCCAGUCUCACGCCCUCGCACCAACAUACAAGAUCUACUGAUGAUUCAGGUAUUAACGUAUCUCGAAAUCCAUCGGACGCGUCUGAAAAGUCGACCACCUCGAGUGUUCCGCCCGAAGAACCGUGCGAGAGUGAACGGGACAGAGCAUCGCUAGAGCGAGACGACGCUAGUAACAUCAGUGAACGCGACAAGCAGUCGUUGGAAAGAGAGGAGGAGAACGAUAGGGACGCAAGAUCCGCGUCUGUCGAUAAAGAGGAAAAUGGCGACGAUAGGAUCAAGCAAUCCCGCGCGACAGUGGGGCGAAUCUCAACGCAUGGCGGCGACGCCUUGCCGGCUUUGGAGACGAGUGCAGCCGUGGUGGUGUCACCCCCGACCGGUGCCGUGCACACCGCGCAACGAGUGUUUUCGCACCAAGAACGGUUGCGCCGCUUGGACGAGGCCAUAAGUCGUGCAUUGCGCGCGAAGAGCGCGGUCGUGGCGGAACUGUUGGGCGUGCCUCCCAAUAGCUUCACUCACCUUGCGGAGUUGGCCAUCGCCGACACUAUGGGACAAGUCGACAUUUGCGGUGGUCUACUACCGAGCGAGACCGAGAGCGCGCCGGACCUGCAUCAACUGCUGUUAGCUGCGCAGGCGCAGGCUAAUCAGCUGACGGAGAGCCUGAGCGGAGCCCUAGCGCUGAGCGAAGCGAGCGCGGUGGCGGCGCGGAGCGGCCGCUGCGACUCCUGCCGCAGGCCCCGACACACGAUUGAGGAAUCAAACGAGCAACCGACCGAAGUUAACAAAUCCAUAGAAGAGACAGACAGACAAGAAAGAGUCAGAGAUAAACUGGAGGGCGCGGAGGCCGACGCGUCCUACGACUUGUUGGCGGAUCUGUCGGCCAACGAACCACACAUAGACUCUGGGUUAGACGGUGAGGCGGGCGAGGCUAGAGCCGCGCGGCUCGCGAGUCGCCUAGUGGGCGGCGUUUGCGGCAUUCAGGCGGCCCUCGCGUCCAUGCUCGCGGCCCUACCUGCUCUGGAGACGGAGAGGCGCGGCUUGCGAGCCGAAGUCGCUGCUUUGAGGGAGCGAGUCGACGCGUUAAGGCAUCGGCACGAUUACCAAAUGACGGAGGAGAUUUUCCCCAAAGGCGUGGACCCGUCGAUACAGGACCAACCAAGUAACGGGGGUUGAUGUGACUUCAUGCCGUUAGUCUUAAAUCGAACUGAGGACACCGGGCCUGAGCCGCGCCACCACUGAGACAUCGCGACCUAUAUGACGUCACUCAACUAAUCAAACUUGACGAAAACGCGCAUUUUUUUCCAAAAAAUCGACCUAUAUUUUCGUAGAAAGUUUUAUCAAAAUCGAUUUAGCAUUUUUUUUUUGUUUUCAUAAAAUCAAUCGAGUAAAGAUACCGUACUAAUAUAAUGCUGUGUAUAUUUUGUAAUUUGUAAUCAUUAUCUGUUACCUUGUCAUUAUGUUUGUAAGUAAAAAUCAAUUGUUAGUAAUAUUAAUAAAGUAAUAGUUUUUCUUCUUUAAUUUUAAUAUUCCAUGUAUAAGAUUAAACUUCAUGUGAUUGCUUGUGUAUAAAAUAUUUUUUUUUUGCGUAACAGUUUAUAUAACAAAUAUAUAUUACAUAAUUUAAUUGUAAAUAAUUGUACGUUAUAUUAUAUUAUGUCGGUAUAGUGGCAUCGGUUUUUGGAAUAAAAAGUAUUAUUUUGACAAUAUUUAUACACAAAAAGUUUGCUUGAAAUUGUUAUAUUAAAGUAUCUAUCAAUUACAUUGUAACAAGUGGCCCAUAUAUUACAAAAAAAAAUACACAAAUUAGUUCUUGUCAAAAAAAUAUUUUUUUAUAAUAAUAAAAAUUUGUAUUUUUUUCUUACAAAAAUCAGAAUUUUUAUUUUAAGUCUGAAUAUAUUUUCAUAUUUUUCUCCCUCGAAUCGGUAUUUUAUUUAUUUUGAUUUAACUUUUUUCUUUUACUAAGAUAAAACAAAACUAAUGUAUGGGCUUACUUUAAUUCCGCGCGCGUUGUACAAACACAGACAAAUGUCGAUAUGUUUAUUAUAGUUAAGAUUUAGAGAUGUAUAAUAGAUCACCACCCCACACCAAGUGCCCAGAGAACUAGUACCUUGCAAAUGCCAUAUUAUUUGACGUGUGUAAGUUGCAUAAGCUGUUUAAUUUAUAUACGUUUUGACAGGUCCAGCGACAUUGAUUGUUGCUACGAAAUGGAUGGGUGAUCGAUUUUUUAACUCACUUUUUCCAAUGUAUACCAUUUUAUAUAUAACUAGGUAAUGCUCGCGACUUUGUCCGCGUGGAUUUAAGUUAAAUCCAGUGGGAACUCAAACUAACAAUCAAACACACUUUCGCAUUUAAAAUAUGGGUAGUGAUAUUUAAUUAUAAUAGGAAUUGAAUUAUUCCCCGUAGAUACGUAUUGAAAAUACGUUCAUUUAUAUUAUUGUAUUUAUAUAAAUAUAUUAUAAAGCUUUGUAUAUAUAAAAUGUAUACAUUAGAAAUGAUUAUACCUAAGCAUUAUAUUAUAUAGACUAAUAAACAUUGCCAUUGUAACUGUGUUUUUGAAAAAUAUACUGUAACCACCUUUCCAUAGGGGUCUUUUUGCUAUCAAAAAACAACAUCAUAAAAAAAAUAAUUUUGAUUUACUAAUUGAAUUACUUUCAAUUACAUUUUACAAUUAACCAACUAAUUGGUUACAUUAUUUGAAUCAUUAUAUUUUGUUUUUCAUAACUUAUUAAUUAAACUUCAAGAUACAAUUUAAAACCAAUUAAUUGGUUAAAUUAUUAUAUAGAUAAACUCUGUUACAUUACUCCGUAUUGGACAAUAAGCGAUUAUUAAUAAAAUUCAAAUUUGAAAUAUUUGAAAAGAGAUGUUAUAAGGAAAUUAAGUUUAUUUUUGCACGUUAAAUUGAAAAAUAGACGUUCGAAACUAUUUUUAAUAAACAUGAUUUAUUUGGUGAACCCAUUAAUUGGUUAACUUCCGUUAAAUAUCAUGAGGACCUCUAAUGAAUGUCAUUUAACGUAAAGAAUACGUAGUCUAUAUAUUUUGUAUCGUAGGCUAGAAUUUAGACCAAAAGAACCCAUCCAAGUAUACAUAUAAUAUGUGAUGUUAUAGCACGAACUUUUGCGAUGCGAUUUAUUGUAAAUAAACGUAUUUACAGGAUUUGAUGGAGCUCCUAUCGGCUCGAAUGUAGAACAGAAACCUUAAAUUAUUAUUGCUAUAUAUGUAUAAUCGGUUAUUUAAUAAUGGUACGUGUAUGUAUUUAACGGGGUGUAUGAAGCGUUUAAUAAAUUAUUCAAUUAAUUGGUUAACUGUAAUUACAACAAGAUAAUUAUACCCCACAACAACUCUCAGAUGACGUAGACAAAUGAUGGGAAUCAAAAACUGGGAAGACCAUUUGAACCAAGGCCAAUAGGCUACUACCUUCCAAAAAUGAUUCUCGGUCAACCGGAAGUACCCUAUAGGAUUUCUUGACAGACAUACUGACAACAAAGUGAUCCUAUAAGGGUUCCUUUUUUCCUUUUGAACCCUAAAAAUCAAACGGCCAAUUUGAAUGUCAGUAUGUGGGUGAAGUAAUUACAUUAGAAGAUAUUUGUUUGACAUAUUUAUUUGAUCUGGAUUUUAAUUCUUAGGAGAAUCCUUAUGUGGUCGAUUAAUAAAUUAAAACUGGAUUACUAUUUUUGUUACUGAGUAGCUAUUCACCUAUAUUUUUUAAACACUUUAUUAAAUUCAUGUAAGUAGUUUUUUUCUAUAUACUUAUAUCUUCAUAUGCCCCAAACUUUUUAUAAAAUUAUUAUAUAAAGUAUUGGAUAUACCUACUCCGUCGCUUCCUAGCUUCCGUACGACAGGAUUACUGUAACAAAUAGAUAGUUGUAUCAAUAAAAACCGUUACAAAGA